AUGCAAAUCGAAGAGCUUCCAGCCUCCCACGAAGCCAAGAAAAUCAUAUCACCCGGGCUCUUCAGGGUUCAAUCCCAGUUUGUCACUAGCAGCACCAAUGUCAGCUCCCUGAUCCAUGUGGAACCGGACGAGCUGGACGGUCUUGGCAGCUCCGACGACGGUCACAUCAUCCCGCUCCCUUUUGUCGAUAGUUUCCACCUUCUUCACCUCAUUGGACCUAACACUAGCGGUAACUUGCCCCACACGAAGAUGGUAGUCCUCCAGGACUCCAUCACGACCCUUUUCCUGGGCCAUGUGAUGCUUUGCUGUUGUGCGCCAUCGUACCAGCGACUUUUCAUCACGCCAAAAGGACAAGGAGAGAAUCCAUCCUGGCCGGGUGAGAGAUUUGUAUCUUAUGUUUUCGAUGAAUCCGUCCAUGUUUGCCAGCUCGGGGCGGAGGGAUUUGGCAAUGGUGAGAUAAGUGUCGAAUUGGGAUGGUUGAGGGCGGGUUUCGAAGACGACGGCAAACAUGGUGUCCUGAUGAUGAGUUAUAAUGAUUGA